UUGGAGCAGGCUAGCUACCGUUACUGAUCUGACUGAAACGACAGCUAGCUAACCAUAGCUUGAAUACAGCCUCUGUGGCGAUUUCUUUUGUAACAUUUUAAGCUGUGUUCGUUGUUGGGACAUAUUUUCGACUACAAGGAUAAUUUGGUGGAAUAUGUGGAGAAUCUAAACAAUGUGGACAGUUUAAACGGAAGUCUGUUAAGAAGUGGCACCGGGGGUACGUCCAGAAGGUAUAUACAUCAGUUUAUGGCAGUAAUGCACAUAUCUGCUUGGAGAACUGUUACGUGUGUGUUAACAGCCGUGGCACGUGUCAAAAAUGCCGAAUUAAGAGGACAGGUCCGGGUGAAUGAUGUCUAACGCCAUGUGACAGGAUGCUGCACCAUCACUGUCGAAGGAACCCUGAGCUGCAGGAGGAGCUGCAGAUCCAGGCCGCCGUGGCCGCGGGGGAUGUCCACACCGUGCGCAAGAUGCUGGAGCGCGGCUACUCCCCCAACAUCCGGGACGCCAACGGCUGGACCCUGCUGCAUUUCUCUGCUGCCAGAGGGAAGGAGAGAUGCGUUCGCGUCUUUCUGGAGCACGGAGCUGACCCCACGGUGAAGGACUUAAUAGGGGGCUUCACCGCCCUGCAUUACGCGGCCAUGCACGGCCGGGCGCGCAUCGCCCGCCUCAUGCUGGAGUCGGAGUACCGCGGCGACAUCAUCAACGCCAAGAGCAACGACGGCUGGACGCCGCUGCACGUGGCGGCGCACUACGGCAGGGACUCGUUCGUGCGGCUGCUGCUGGAGUUCAAGGCGGAGGUGGACCCGCUGAGCGACAAGGGCACCACGCCGCUGCAGCUGGCCAUCAUCCGCGAGCGCUCGUGCUGCGUGCGCAUCCUGCUGGACCACAGCGCCAACAUCGACAUCCAGAACGGCUUCCUGCUGCGCUACGCCGUCAUCAAGGGCAACCACGCCUACUGCCGCAUGUUCCUGCAGCGGGGCGCCGACACCAACCUGGGCCGGCUGGAGGACGGGCAGACGCCGCUGCACCUGUCGGCGCUGCGGGACGACGUGCUGUGCGCGCAGAUGCUCUACACGUACGGGGCGGACGCCAACACCAGGAACUACGAGGGGCAGACGCCCGUCGCCGUGUCGGUCAGCAUGUCCGGGACCAGCCGGCCCUGCCUGGACUUCUUACAGGAGGUUACAAGACAACCCAGGACGUUGCAGGACUUGUGCCGAAUAAAAAUUCGACAGUGCAUAGGCCUUCAAAAUCUCAAAUUCCUGGAGGAACUGCCUAUUGCCAAGGUCAUGAAAGACUAUCUAAAACACAAGUUCGACAGUGUCUGAUCCUGAUUCCGGUCUGAGCCUGGUCAGAAGCCACUGAGCUGCUGCUCUGAUGACAGACUAUGCAAAUGCUGUUUUCCUUUCUAUGCGAGACCUCAGAGCACAGGUAUACAGUUUUUUAUAUAUCCUUGAGAAGUCUUAGUUCAUUUUUAACUCAGUUUAGCACAGGAUUACUUAAUUGAAAUGCAUUUAUGCCACAGCUUCUUAUGUGUCGACGUGAAAAUUUGGUGAGUAACCAUUACGGUGUGAGCAAAGUUACAGGGCAGUGGGGGGUGAUGGAUUAUGAAAAUAAUAAAUGGCCAUUUGAAAAGUGACAAAAUGAUUUGUGAGUGUUGUUGGAUGAGGUGAACUGUUGAAAACAAAGUUGUUAGUUUGGGGUCUGUCUGCAAGGUAAAGCUGUUUAUGACAGAUCGAUCUUAAAUGGAAAGAAGUCAAACAAAAUGGUUCAUGUGACAGUUGUUGGCUGUUGUAGUUGGCUGAAAUGCUGUUCUUUCAGAGAGUAGUUAAUACUCUGUAUGUUUAGAAAACCUUACCUCUGGCCCUCUCAGUCCAUGAAAAAUUCUAGUCAGGUAGUUGCUCAGAACUUAAACUGAGGCCCAGUUUCACCCCUGAAUAGAAGCUGUAGUUUAGGAUUUCAACAAUGUAUAUUAAUUAUCGACUUCAGAUAAUCAGAAAUUUUCUCUGAAUAAAUCUGGAAGCGCCGAGUUAUUAUAUGAAGCAGAAGAAAUGUAUGUCUGUGUAUGCUGUCCCAGGUGCUCUUUUUCACACCGAACCUCUAAAGGCCCGGCACCUAUGAUGGCACGAAACGCACAGCAUUUGACACGGUCACACAGGGGGACAGAGCAGCACUCACGGUGCGUCAGUCAGGCUGGCUAAAGCUUUAGCGCACUAGCAUACCCCAGGGAAGCUGGAGGCACCCUUACCCUGCGAUGGAAGGGCACUGUGUCAGCAGUGCAACAGAGACACAAAGCUGUAGAAAUAGCAAAGCUCAGUCCCACUCGCUAACCGCACAUUACAGACCAGAGUCUGGGAUUUGGUAUAGAACCUGUCAGGACAGUAUAGCUCCUCUGAGAACCAGGCUGGUUACUUCCAUGUAUAGGUGGGACAGCAUUUGGAUUCACUUCCUGCUCGGAUCACAGAAAUGUAUUUAAAUUAAUGAGGAAAACCUCAAACAAGAUUUGAUACUAGGUGAUAAUAUUCUUUAAUACAAAUCUAUGAAUAUGAAGGAAAAACAAGUCGUUUUUUUAUUCUUAUUUCAA